CUGUGGUGAUUUUUAAAACGCAAACCCCAAGAUGUCAGAACCCGACCCCUCAUCUGGAUUUGUAGGAAACAUGGAAAAUGGGACUUUUCUGGAGUUAUAUCCCACAUCCCUUUCAACUUCUGUGGAUUCAUCACCUGGCCGUUUAUCUAAUGUCUAUGUCUAUGUUUCUAUAUUCCUUAGUCUCCUAGCAUUUCUCCUUUUGCUAUUGAUCAUUGCACUUCAGAGGCUGAAAAAUAUAAUUUCUUCCAGUUCCUCUUACCCAGAAUAUAACAGUGAAGCUGGAAGUUCUUUCACUAAUUUAGAAGUCUGUAGUAUUUCUUCCCAGCGGUCUGCUCUUUCAAAUCUUUCUUCAUGAAACUAAAUGAAGGGGAAUAUGUGGGGAAUGGAAAAGCUUUGUCUAGCUUCUUGGGGAGGUAGUGCAUGCAACAUUUGCCUUAGAAGACUAUGAUGAAGAGGUGGCUUUUAAAGUUUCCUUAUUUUUCUUUCUUUCCUUUUCUAGUCUUCAUUUUCCCUUUUACUAAUGUUGCUUUUCAUUUUGGAUAAUGACUCUUAAUCAUUGUUUCAUGCCUGUAACUGUGAUGCUGUCUUUUUCUCACACAUAUAUGGUCUUCAUUAGUACUCCUGCCAAACUGUAAUAUGGUUCUAACCAGAUGUGUCAUUUUUCUGCUCUAGUUGUGACCCCUUUCCUGGUUUUAUAUCAGUAAUACUCUGUUUUGUUUUGUUUUGUUGUUUGUUUUUUAAUUAGAUAAGAAUUUCUGGAUUAAAUCCCCAUUGAAAAAGUAUCGAAAAUUAGCUUAAAUUAUAAAUAUAGUCCUUGGGAUGAUUUAAAGUUGUCGGUAUUGUUUCUUUUGUAAUUUCAUUGUCUUUUUCAGUAUUUAUUGGUGUUUAUGAAACACAACUAAAAUCCUUUUCCUGAAGAAUGUUACUUUGGUUUAUUUGUACUUAAAUCUUUCUGUAUAAAGUGUCUGUAUUUCAGUUUUUGAAUUGCUGAAAUCUUUGGUUAAUUGAGUAAAACGACUACAAUAACUGUGCUCACUGCUGAAUGUGUAAAGAUAUUUUUGGACCACACUGCACAUAAUUUGCCUAAUGACUUGUUCCUCUGGGGGGCAGCUUUUGAUACUGAAUCAUAAAUAUCGCACAACUCCUUUCCAUCCUUUGCUGAUCAUGCAGCCUAUCGUGAUGGAUACCAGUACAAACUGAUGGUUUCUAUUAGAUCUGCUUACUGUGACCAUUGCUGCUAGCUGAACAGCACCUGUGACUGUCCUUUCCUUAGGCACAAGAUUCUCGUACUCAUUUAUGCAGACCCAGCAGGGACAGAUAGUACUUGUGCUGGUGAAGGCUUACUGGGGCAAAUUUUGCCUUGUAAUUUCAUGAAUAGACACUGGGGUGGACACAGGGAUGUGCGUAGUUGCCAGCCAGACCUGUGCUUUGACAUUAAGGAAGUGUGUAAUGGAUAACUAGCCGUAUUGUGUACAGGAUCCUGUGGUCAGCUGUGAAUUAAAUCAAACCAAAUGAUAAAAAAAAAAAAAAAA